AUGGGCUGGUUUGGCGCCAAACUUUCCGGGGCAAUUCGAGUGGCGACACAGUAUGAUGGCAGUGGUGAACAUUCCAUUCUAACUGGGAGUGGAGUUUCUGUUUUCCAAUAUGAGUGCGAUUAUUGGGAACCCGAUAACCGUGCCAUUCGCCGCCAAGGUUCUGACGUAGUGGUAUUCAAUUCCUACUCACAACUCGAUUAUCAUGCCGCCGAAGCUCAGUCUCGAGAUUCAGAAAGCAAUACCACACGACGAUACUCCGAAACCAAUGGACGAAAUCCAGCAUAUAUGCCAAAAGCUGGCCUUCUGGGCAAACCAUGCAAGUUUCUACAAAGGCACCUUUCACGGAGAGUUGCUGAUCCAAGACAGAGAUUCAAACGCGAGAGCGAGGUCUGGAUCCGAUUGAGGCACCAGAAUAUUGUACCACUAUACGAGUUGGUAGAAGAUAGGGAGUUGUUUGGUCCAUAUGGUGCAUGGAUAUUGCCU